CUCUGGCACGCGCAGUCGUCAUCAUCAGCGCCGCCCUGUUGAGAGAGGAGGCAGGAGACCCCCCUCCCCACCUAACAACAACCCCAACCCCACAGACUCGAGCGCUACGACCCCACCUCCCCUACCCCCUCUGAGAGAGGGGACACAGUGAGAGAGGCGCAGUCACCGAUUCGGGAUCCCGGCUCCGUUUCGCCCUCAAUCCGGGCCUAAUGCUGUAGCAGACAGCGCGGGAGGAGCACGACAGAGAGACCACGCAGUGACCGAGGAUCGCCGAGGGACAGGGCGGACCGGGGAGAGACGGGAUUGCUCAUUCGCUUAGAAACAUGGGAUGUACACUGAGCGCCGAGGAGCGCGCGGCUCUGGACCGGAGCAAGGCCAUCGAGAAAAACCUGAAGGAGGACGGGAUGGUCGCUGCUAAGGACGUCAAACUGCUCCUGCUCGGCGGCGGAGAGUCCGGCAAAAGCACCAUCGUGAAGCAGAUGAAGAUUAUCCAUGAAGAUGGCUUUUCUGGGGAUGAUGUGAAGCAGUAUAAGCCUGUGGUCUACAGCAACACCAUCCAGAGUUUGGCCGCCAUCCUUCGAGCCAUGGACUCUUUGGGCAUCGAGUUUGGUGACAAAGACCGAAAAGCUGAUGCUAAGCUGGUCUGCGAUGUGGUCAGCCGCAUGGAGGACACAGAACCAUACUCUGCAGAACUUCUCGCUGCGAUGAAGCGUCUAUGGGCUGAUGCUGGGACUCAGGAGUGUUUCAACCGUGCCCGGGAAUACCAGCUUAAUGACUCAGCUCAAUACUACCUGGACAGUCUAGACCGGAUUGGGGCAGGAGAUUACCAGCCCACAGAGCAGGACAUCCUGAGAACCCGAGUGAAAACCACUGGCAUUGUAGAAACUCACUUCACCUUCAAAAACCUUCACUUCAGGCUGUUUGAUGUUGGAGGUCAGAGGUCAGAGAGGAAGAAGUGGAUCCACUGCUUUGAGGACGUCACCGCCAUUAUCUUCUGUGUUGCUCUGAGUGGAUACGAUCAGGUUCUCCAUGAAGACGAAACAACUAACCGCAUGCAUGAAUCCCUCAUGCUUUUUGACUCCAUCUGUAACAACAAGUUCUUUAUCGACACCUCCAUCAUCCUGUUCCUCAACAAGAAGGAUCUGUUUGCCGAGAAGAUUAAGAAAUCGCCGCUCACGAUUUGUUUUCCGGAGUACACAGGUGCUAACACAUACGAUGAUGCCACUGCAUAUAUUCAGGUUCAGUUUGAGAGUAAGAACCGCUCUCCCAACAAGGAGAUCUACUGUCACCUGACCUGUGCCACAGACACAGGAAACAUCCAGGUAGUGUUUGAUGCCGUCACUGACAUCAUUAUUGCAAACAACCUUAGAGGGUGCGGCUUAUACUGAAGCCCGGCCAGAAGCACAGAGGUUGUCUAUGGAGUGUGUGAAGUUAUAAUAAUGGUAAUUUUGAUGAUACUUAAACACAUAAAUAUGUAAUUCUACACGUCCAAAUGGACCCAAAGAGCUGCCGUCAGACACCACACUGGAUUAUUGCCAUGAUUUGUUCCCUUCCUUAUUUGAAGUAUCCCUCCCCCAGUUUUGUCUUUAAAAAAAAAAGGGUUUUUGGGCUGAAUGUUUCCAUGUUUUGUUGAUGGCUAUAUCAACAAAUGUGAAGGUCAGAAGCACCAGUGGGUCUAUUCAGCUUGUCCUGCUAAACGUACACAAAUGUAACACACCAUGUAGAACGGAGGGACGCUUUCCCAUUCUUGAUGGCAAGCCUUUGACAUUUGAAUACAGCCUCUGGUGCUUCAUUUGGCGUGCGAAGGGUGGAGAUGACGAUGAUACUGGUUUUGGGGAGGUGCUGUACUCAUGGUUGAGGGUCACGGAUGGGAAGAAGGAAGCUGUUAUGAACUUUCCUUCAGAGCCACACAUGCUCUCGUAGCCUGCGGGUCUGUUCCAAUCAGCUCUCUUGUUUUAUUUGCAAACACAAGGAAAUAGAGACUUCUAUUUGGAGCGGCUGCCCAUCGCCAUUGUCCCCCCCCCCCCCCCCCACACUGUAAUGUUAGGAAAACCCGUCGGCCUGUUGAAGAGAAGGAAAAUUUCAUAUCGGUGCCAACCAUCUGAUAAUGACAGAUAGAGGACUAAGGUCAAUAAUCAUAGCUCAUAUCUAUAUUAUUUAAGUAACAAAUAUAAUAUUUUAGUAUCAUUGUAUAAUUUAUAAAAGCCUCAUGCCCUUCAUGCCUCCUCCUACCUCCAGAAAACCCCGUGCCACACAUUUAUUUCCCUGACUAGUCAAAUUUGCAAAGAGGGUGGAAAGACGCCCUACGUUAACAUCUCGAUCUGUGUGCUCGAAUCCUUCCACGUGAAUCUGAGUAGAAAUAGAAGACUGCACAUGGAAAACAAAAUCAUUAGAGGCAGCCUCUGUCUGGGGAGUUUUAUCUUUCCUUUUUUUUUUUAAAAGACCUUUGUUUCCCACUGAUGAGUGAACAGGGAACAAUUUCUCUUUUCACAGAGGACAAAGUACAGCUCUCCAUUUUCACCUGUGCACCCAAUCAAGUCAUCUUCCCAUCCCUGUAUUCUCUUUACCCAUCACAUAUCAAUCCUCAUACCCUCUCUUCAUUUUCACCUUAAAAAAGCACCGUACUGUAUAUAAAUAUAUGAUUACACCUGAUCAGAUUUUUUUUUUUUUUUUUUUACUGUGAAUGUUUUUGUGCUGCACCCCAUCCUAUUCAGUAGUUUACUGGUUGCUCUCAUGUGGAAUGUUUGUGCUGAGCCAAUCGAAUGUUGUGUUUACAUUAAAGCCACAUUUUUCCUAACGA